AUGUCGCGGCCUCUCGCCCCUGUGAUGUCGGUCUUCCGUCCCAUCUGGCGACGGAACUUCUCUGCUUCUACCACCAAGAGCGCUAUUAACAAGCUCUGUGGCUCCGCACAAGAUGCCGUCAAGGAGAUGAAGGGUUCCUCCACUCUCCUGGUCGGUGGAUUCGGUUUCUCUGGCGUUCCUCUUACUCUGAUCAACGCUGUUCGGGACCGUCCUGAUGUUACCGAUCUUACCGUUGUUUCUAACAACGCCGGCAUGCCUGGCGUUGGUCUUGGUCAAUUGCUUGAGACUAAGCAGAUCAGUAAGAUGAUCGCUUCGUUUAUUGGCGAGAACAAGGUGUUCGAGAAAAUGUAUCUGAGCGGUGACCUGGCUCUGGAGCUUACUCCCCAGGGUACCAUCGCUGAAAAGUGCGCCGCUGCUGCAGCUGGCGUUCCGGCUUUCUACACUCCCGCGGCUUUUGGAACUAUCAUUCAAACUGGUGAACUUCCAGUUCGGUACAACAAGGAUGGCACAGUGGCAGAAAUGUCCAAGCCUAGGGAGACUCGCGUUUUCAACGGCAAGGAAUUUCUUUUGGAAGAAUCGAUCUACGGUGACUACGCUCUGGUUAAGGUUCACAAGGCCGACAGACUUGGCAACUGCCAAUUCCGCAAGUCUAUGAACAACUUCAAUGAGGCUAUGGCCAAGAACGCCAAGGUUACCAUUGUCGAGGCUGAUCACAUCGUCGAGGUUGGCGAGAUUGACGCCGAGGAUGUUCACCUGCAGGGUAUCUACGUCGACGCUGUCAUCCAGUCUGUCGAGGAGAAGCAAUUCGACAAGAUCACUUACGCCAAAGAUCCUUCCGAGCUCAUUGCCGGUGGCAACAGCGAGGCUACCGCCCGCCGUGACCGCAUCGUCAAGCGUGCCGCCAAGGAGUUCAAGGACGGCAUGUACGUUAACCUCGGUAUUGGUAUCCCUCUGAUCGCUCCCUCCUACCUGCCCGAGGGUGUCGAGGUCGUCCUGCAGGCCGAGAACGGUAUUCUGGGUCUGGGUGGUUACCCCAAGCCCGGCCAGGAGGACCCUGACCUGAUCAACCCCGGCAAGGAGACUGUUACCCUGAACCCUGGUGCCUCUGUUUUCGGCUCCCACGAGAGCUUCGGUAUGAUUCGCGCCGGUAAGGUCGACCUUACUAUGCUGGGUGCCCUCCAGGUCAGCCAGUACGGUGAUCUCGCCAACUUCAUGCUUCCCGGUAAGGUCAAGGGUGUUGGUGGUGCCAUGGACCUGGUUGCCAACCCCGAGAAGACCAAGGUCGUUGUUACCAUGGAGCACACUGAUAAGAAGGGCAACGCCAAGAUUCUUCCUGACUGCACCUUCCCUCUGACCGGUCCUCGCUGCGUUUCCACCAUCAUUACCGAUCUGGCUGUCUUCGAUGUCAGCCCCACCGAGGGUCUGACUCUGAUUGAGCACGCUGAGGGUGUCACCGUUGAGGAGAUCCGCAGCAAGACCGUUGCUCCCUUCAAGGUCUCUGCUGACCUGAAGCCCAUGCAGCUGUAA